AUGUGUGAUGAAGUGAUCAUGGGGGGAGAAGAUAAGGUGGAUCUGUCGAGAGAGAAAGCAACGGCUCAGACUUUAACCUGGCCAUGCCCAAUUGCUGUGCAUGCAUGUCAAGGCAAAUAUAUUUCAAGAAAUGCAGUGGAUAGAGAUGAAAGCACAUGUACAAGACAAAGUGUGAUAGGAGGACAAUCUAAUGAUAAGACGGUGAGGUGGAAAGUGGACCUGGGUGCUGUUUACAGUAUAUAUAGCAUAAAUAUACUGUUUAAGGACGAUCCUGAACACAGGGAUCGACAAAUAGGCCGCUUUGCGGGAUUUUCCCUGUUCUUAUCAGAGUCAAGGGAAAGAAAAAAUGAAUCACUUUGUUACAAAGACGGUCCAGGAUUACCGUCACUGAAUUUCACAACGACUUGUACCGGAUAUGGACGAUAUGCCAUCUUUUAUAACGAACGGUCAGGCGGAGAAUAUCCAGAUGGAUACAGAGAAACUUCAUAUACGGAGUUGUGCGAAGUGAUUGUAAAAGGGUGUAAUGAAACUUCCUACGGGAUAAAUUGUGAAAAAACGUGUUCUAUCAACUGUGACAAACAACGUUGUAAUAUUGAAAAUGGAACAUGCUUAAGAUGUAAGCCAGGGUGGACUGGAGUGUUAUGCAAAAAUGUGUGUCCAAGAAGAUGGUAUGGAUAUGGUUGUGAAAAACAGUGUUCCGGCAAUUGUAGAAACAAUGACGUCUGCAAUCACGUGACCGGUCGUUGUGACAAAGGAUGUGCUAAUGGUUGGAAAGGAGUAAAUUGCGAUGAACCAUGUAAAGAUGGAAACUACGGUCCGGGUUGUAUAUAUAACUGCAGUGGUCAUUGUCGUGAUGAUGCCUUCUGUAACAAACAAACUGGACACUGUGACGCAGGUUGUAAGCCGGGAUAUUCAGGGAAUUUGUGUAACACAGAAUGCAAUGCUGGAUACUUCGGGACGCAUUGCAAGGAACUCUGCAGCCAGAAGUGUGUCAAUGAUGAGAUAUGUAAUCAUAUAAACGGAGUUUGUACAAAUGGAUGCAAGGAUGGAUAUAUUGGAGAAAGAUGCAAUAAAU